AUGGCGGGCGACGACAAGCCGUUUAACGCUGAGUUGAAGAGACAGGAACAGUUGAGGCGCUGGAAAGACUCCGACACUGACAUUGAACCAACGUAUCCAAAAAGAAAAAAGACGGCAGUUCAGUUUCAAGAUGGAUGUGUGUUUUUGGCCGCUUGUUCCAGUGGCGAUACAGACGAAGUGGAGAAACUUUUACAGAACGACAAACGAACGGAUAUCAACACGGCAAAUGUCGACGGUCUGACAGCUUUACACCAGGCAUGUAUUGAUGAUAACCUGGAGAUGGUUGAGUUUCUGGUGGAACAUGGUGCUGAUAUAGAUGUCUGUGACAAUGAGGGGUGGACCCCCUUGCAUGCCACUGCCUCCUGUGCAUUUUUGGAUAUAGCCAGGUAUCUCAUCAAACAUAAUGCCAAUGUGGCAGCUGUCAACAACGAUGGAGACCUGCCCAUUGACAUCGCAGACAACAAGGAUAUGGAGCGACUGCUGCAGGAGGAGAUGAACAGACAAGGGAUUGAUGCUGAAGCAGCACGUAAUGAGGAAGAGCAGCGUAUGCUGGAGGAUGCCAACCAGUGGCUGGCUGACAAGACAGUCAAGGAGAUUCAGCAUCCAAAGACUGGAGCUACCGCCCUUCACGUGGCUGCUGCCAAGGGCUACAUUUCAGUCAUCAACUUAUUACUGAAGGCUGGAGUGGACAUCAACGCUGAAGACCAUGAUGGGUGGACUGCUCUACAUGCGGCAGUUCACUGGGACCAGAAGGAAGCUGUUGAAAUUUUGGUGAAUCACCUCUGCGACAUGCAUCACAAAAACAAAGCUGGCCAUACAGUCUUUGAUUUGGCUGAGGAUGACAUGCUACAGCUGCUCAAGGAGCUCCGGGAUAAGCAGACAUCAAUAAGAAAUGAACAAGAGAAAGGCUCAGAUAUAAUUCUUUCUUCCAUAAAUGCUGAAAAUCGAAGGAGCUCUGUGACGCGCAUGAGUGGCAACCAGAAGCACAAUAUUAUACAGAAAACUUCCGAGGAUGAGCGAACGUCUCUCCGACCUGGACGGACAGAUGAAAGAAACCUCGAUAAAGCAGACAAGAUUGUUGACAAGAUUGAGACAGAACAUCACAACAAUGACAAGAACAAACAGCAUCAUCAGCUGCCAGUGACUUCAGCUAUCAGCACAAGUUGGUCCCGGCCCUCCAGUGUGGCAACUUCCCCCAGUGUUGUGCAGUUGCGACAUAUAACAAAUGGGAUGGCCUCCACUACAAGUGUGGAACAGCAGCGAUCACCCAGCAUAGUUUACUCAUCACAUAUUGGUACACCACAGUCAUCACUUCAUGUGGCUACUUCCCCAUCAGGUGUUGCGCUUCAGCAGCUACCUCUUGUGGCUACUUCCACACCUAGUACUCCCACACAGCUGCCAGCUAAUGUGGCUGUCUCCACUCCCACUCAUGAACUACAACAGUUGCCUCAUAUAAACAUCCCUGCUAUAGAACUGCGGCACUCAUCCAGCGUGGCUGCUUGCACACCUGGCUUGAGAUUGCGGCGGCCGGCCAGUGUUGCCACCUCCACUCCCCUUUUAGAGCUAGACAAGCAGAGCGUAUCCACAACUAAGACAGACCACCUGUCAUCCAGACCUGUGAUGUCAUUAGUAUCUGAACCCAGACUAUCUCCACUGUCACGGUCAGUCUCUGUUAGACAGGUGGACACCAAUGACACGUCAUUGCAAGAACGGCCAGACCACAGUCGUGCAUCAGAAGGUGGUACUUCAGUAUCAGCUACACCAGCCACAACAACAUCUGCUACACGAACAAGCACAGAUUCAGAGCCCAGAAGCAGCUACAACUUUGGCCCGAGCUAUGGUGGAUUCCGCAGCUCAUUCUCAAACAGAUCCAACACCUACGUGCCUUACUACCUCCAGAGGCAGCAACGAGAAUCUCAGGCGGUGUCCGACAGUUCCACCACCUCAAAUGACAAAUCUCCAGCUUCCGAACCAGGGCGUACGACCACCACCACUACCACAACAUCUACUCCCACCACCACUAGUGCCUUGACCACCACAACACCUUCCAGCUCAGUAUUUAAAAGGUCGUACGAGCCACCAAAAAGAGAUGAGGAAACAGAAACGCAGCGAAAGGCACGGGCCAAACAUGCUCGACAAACGAGACGAUCCACACAG